AUGGCUUUCGGGUUGGAUUUAACUGGCCGUCAUGUUUCCGAGAUAAACACGUUUUAUUUGGGACACUACUGGCCCGCGGCAUGCCCGGACACAAACAAGGAGGAGGAUUACGCACAGGAGAGCAGAGUGCAUCGUGAUGCUCGCCACAGGACGCGCUCGGACACCCAGAGCCGCCGGAAGCGCACAACUUUCAACAAGGCUCAGCUCAGCGAGCUGGAGAGGGCCUUCUCUGUCACACAGUACCCGGACAUUAAAAUGAAGGAGUCUCUUGCAUCUGUUACUGGGCUACCGGAGUCUAAAAUACAGGUCUGGUUCCAAAAUCGACGUGCGCGCUAUUUCAAGAGCAAGAAACCAACUAAAGAGGCGCCCACGCCCUCCACAAACUACCUGUAUCCGUUUUCCUACAUCCGAUGUCCGAGCCCACCAUUCCCACAGCUGGUUCCUUUUUUCCUCCUACUCCCAGCCCACCGUCCCGAGCAGGGACUCCAAGUCUACCUCAGUCCACCAGGCUCUCAACCAUACUGGGGAGUCAAACCAUGACCCUGCCCGCAUAUACGUCUCCUGUCGCCGCAGACCGAGCUACGCGCUGCUCCCCGCAUGGACCAGGUCUCCAGGGAGUCCCCCAAGACCACCAAACCCCAGACUUCACUGAUUACUGCCACGAUAUGCUCCCACAGCGUGAACUUAUUGAAUGGGACGUA